AUGAAUUCGGAUAAAAAUGUGUACCUCUGCAGGGACAAAGGCAUCAUGCGGAAGAGAGCCCUGCUCCUUCGGAAGGGCUGCAGCUUCGAGAUAACCAGCUCUGCCUCAGAGGACCUGGGCUGCAGGCGUGGAGACUUCAGCAGGAAACACUAUGGUUCUGUUGAGCUGCUGAUUUCCAGCGAUGCAGAUGGGGCCAUUCACAGAGCGGGACGCUUCAGGGUGGAGAACGGCUCUUUGGAUGAGGUACAUGCAACUAGCAUGUGUCCAUCCAUCCAUCACCAUCAUCCAUCCAUCCAUCUAUCAUACUAUGCUUUUUUUGUGUGUCCGUCAGUCCACCAGAACUACGUGGGUACAGAUGCAGAGAAGAACCCGUUCUUCCUGUCAGUCGUGCUCUCGGACCAGAACAACCAGCGGGUUCCUCAGUACAGAGCCAUCCUCUGGAGGAAGUCGGGCACUUUGAAGAUCAGCCUUCCCUACAGCCCAACCAAAACACUAUCAGUCAAGUCCAUCCUAAGCGCGAUGAACAUGGACCGGUUCGAGAAAGGCCCCAGGGAGAUCCUCAAUCCAGACAUUCAGAAGGACCUGCUGGUGUUGGAGGAACAAGAGGGUUCUGUCAACUUUAAAUUUGGCGUUCUGUUUGCCAGAGACGGGCAACUCACAGACGAUGAGAUGUUUAGCAACGAGAUGGGGAGUGAGAGCUUUGACAAGUUUCUCUCUCUGCUGGGCGACACCAUCACACUGCAGGGAUGGGCAGGUUAUCGAGGAGGGCUGGACACCAAGAAUGACACUACAGGAAUUAAGUCCAUCUACACGGUGUACCAAGGCCAUGAGCUCAUGUUCCACGUUUCCACCAUGCUACCUUACUCUAAAGACAACAAGCAGCAGGUGGAGAGAAAGAGGCAUAUUGGAAACGACAUUGUUACCAUAGUGUUUCAGGAGGGAGACGACGCGCCAUCGUCCUUUAAACCCUCCAUGAUCCGAUCACACUUCACGCGUAUCCUUCACAUGGACAAUGAAUGUCAAAGAAAUGAAGCGGCAGUCAUAAACCUUAAAGAAAAUACCAAUCGUAUAUGAUCUGGAUCUUUUCUUUUUGUUCGCUUUUGUUGAUAACAUUCUGAUUUCCCACCAACUCAUUCAGUAAUCAAUGGAGAAAAAGCCACACUGGAGACGCCAACGUUUGCCCAGAAACGUCAGAGGACCCUGGACAUGUUGAUCCGCUCCCUUUACCAAGACCUCACACCUGACCUGUACAAGGUUCCUUUUUCUCCCCAGAACAUGUUAAACCGGCGGUCCUUCAGCGACGUGCUGCCCGAGUCUCCGAAGUCUGCACGAAAAAAGGAGGAGGCACGGCAGGCUGAGUUUGUCAGAAUAGGGCAGGCUCUAAAGCUGAAGACCAUCGUUCGAGGAGACGCACCAACAAGCCUUGUUACCACUGGCCUGUGCAGAAAAGAGCCGUGGGAGUCCCAGUCGUUCUGCAGCACAUUCCCGUAUGAGAUCGUGUGCGCUGACUCGUGGGGUCAGUCUCUGCUGGCUGCUACAGACACCGCGGGGGUCCUGCUGCUGGAUGACACACAGACUGUCCCCCCAGUGCAAGUGUUUGACAGAACCAUAGUGGUGAAGCAGAUGCACGUUCUCGAGCCUCAGGAUCUACUGAUCACCCGAGCUGACAAAGGAAAGGACGCUCGGCUUUACGUGUUCAGACUCAGCACGAUGAAGAGGUGCCUGGAGGAGAGGCAGCUAGUCAGAAGCAAGUGCGACUGCAGGGAGAAUAAACUGGAGAAAACUAAAGGUUGUCAUUUGUAUUCUAUCAACACCCACCACGGCUCCGAGCUGAGAAUAGUAGCAGCCAUCAGGACCAAACUCCUACUAAUUACCAGGAAGCAUCCAGGUUUUAGCGCCGUCGCCUCAAGAGCCGACUCUCCAGUGGAGGAAUUUCAGUACAUACGGGAGAUCUGUCUGUGCGACCCGCCAGUGGUGAUGGCUCUGGUGGACGGUCCGACGGGGGAAAAUAAACUUUGUAGCAGCCAUCGAUGUUUACGAAGACGGCGAGGCAGGUCUACUCUUGUGCUACAACUAUAUUUGUUACUAUAAGAAAGUUUGUCCGUUUAACGGCUCCACACCGAUGAUCCAGUCCAACACCUCGGAUUUCCACUUCAGCUGGAACCAGAUGCCCAAUGCUAUCGUCUGUGCUUUCCCUUACAUCCUGGCCUUCACGACGGACUCCAUUGAGAUCCGACUGGUGGUCAACGGGAACCUGGUGUACACAGCAGUGGUCCCCGAGCUGCAGCUGGCUGCCUCACGGUCGGAUAUCUAUUUUGUCUCAUCGGCGCCGGUGAGCUCAGCCUCCAACUGCAGUUCAAGAGACACCAGCUCCCAGAGUUCCCCGCAGACACCCACAGGCUAUGAGAUGCCCGUGUUUCCUUCACCGCUCGGAGAUGGUGAAGCAACAUGUAAGCACAUCUUCAAGAUUCCUUUGUGUAACUUGGUGGGCCGCAGCAUUGAAAGACCCCUGAAGUCCCCGCUGGUCAACAAGGUGCUGGCGACACCAACCCCUGCCAUGAUCGCUCCAACUCCGCUUAUCUCUGCCACACACUCGCUGUCCUUGUCCCGCAUGGAAAUUAAAGAGAUCGCCAGCCGCACACGGAAGGAGCUGCUCGGCUUGACAGAAGAGCCGAGUGGGAAACCAGACAGCGGAUCGAUCAAACAUAGGAAGAUGAGCAAGAAGAACACU